AUGUCCAAUCAAAAAAAUCAAAUUCCCUAUGUUUUGGUACCAAAUUUAACGGAAAAGCAGAAAAAACAGUAUAAAUACGUUCCUUCUGACAUCCUUUCUAGCCCAAAGAACCAAGAAUCAUUUGGUGAUACUAAUUACGAUGAUAAUUCACCAAUCCAUAUCAAGGAUGUAAAUGUUUUACAUGGAUGUGACAGUGAUGCAACCGAUAUAAAAACUAAGGAUGCUGAAACCAGGACUACAGGUUAUAAUAAAGAAAGCACGAUUUACAAAGCAACUAAUGUUGAGGAUAUGCGUGAAUUUUUUGAAAAUAAAGUCAAGGAUAAUUCAAUGAGUCAAGGUGCAAAAUUGCAAGAGCAAGAAUACUUAACAGACGGUGAAAUAGAAGAAAUUGUAUUAUUAUCAUCUGGUGAAAUCCAAUUUGUUACAAAAGAUGCGUACAAUAUUCCGAACGUUGAUGAAAAGAAGAGUAUUGUUGUGAAUGGUAAAGACAUAAAGGAUGAAAAUAAUGAUAAAGUAAAUACGAAUACGGGAAAGGAGAUAGUAAAUCAUGUUUCUCAGGAACAUAUAGUAUUUCGAAAUGAAUCGACUUCUAAACAUGCUGCGGAUAAUACAUUAACUACCAUUUCAAAGGGAAAAGCGGUGGAUCGUCGCAUUGAGGAAGAAUCAAAUCUUCAUGAGUCUGAUAUGGAUGAGAUAAUGGAAAUUAAAUAUCGAAAUGCGGCGGUUCAAUAUUUGGUUAAAUAUAAAUCUUUAAGGAAACCAAAUGAUCCAAUGGUGAAUAAGGAGCUACUCGAAAAGAAAGAUAAGAAACAGAAAGAAUCAAAAGACCGCAAACGGAAGAGACAAUAUGAAAACGAAAAUAAUGAUAUAGAUUGGGAAAAUGAAGUCGUCGAAGUGAGAGGAAUGAUAAAAAAUUCAAAUAAUCAAGUUGUUUGUUAUAUUUUAUGGAAGGAUGGAAGACUAACUAAACAUUAUAAUGCAGUUGUAAAUACUAAAUGUCCGCAAAAGGUGAUUGAAUAUUAUGAAAAGCAUUUGUUAGUUUUUACAGUUGGCGCCAAUUUAAUCGUUGAGGCUAUUGUAAUAAAUAAUUGGUUAAAAGAUGUUGAUGAAAUGAAGAUUGAUGAUAAUGCACCUGAACCAAAUUUAGGUGAUGGUCAAGUUUUGGUUGAGAUUAGAGCUGCUGCUUUGAACUUUUUUGAUAUUUUACAGGUUCAAGGAAAAUAUCAAGUUAAGCCACCUUUUCCAUUUACGCCAGGAAUUGAGUUUUCUGGAAUUGUGAUUAAAACAGGGAAAAAUUGUAAAAAAUCAUUUAAACCAGGAGAUAAAGUAUUUGGUAGCGCACAAGGAUCUUUUGCAGAACGUGUUGCCGCAUUAAGUAGUGAUGUAUACUUAAUACCUGAUGGGUUGAGUUUUGAAGAGGCUGCAGGAUUAUUUGUUACGUUUCCUACUAGUUAUGCUGCUUUGGUUAUUAGAGCAAAAUUACAAAAAGAUGAAUGGUGCCUCGUACAUGGUGCAGCUGGUGGUGUCGGUAUUGUAGCUGUGCAGGUUGCCAACCUUCUUGGAGCAAAAGUUAUUGCUACAGGAGGAUCAUCAGAAAAGUUGGCCAUUGCAAAGAAAUUUGGGGCAGAUUACACAAUCAAUUAUAACGAGAAAGAUUGGCAAAAACAAGUAUUAAAAAUUACGGGCGGAAAAGGCGUUGACGUUGUUUAUGAUCCUGUAGGAUUAAUUCAAUCUUCUAUUAAAUGCAUUGCGUGGAAUGGAAGACUCAUCGUGAUUGGGUUUACAGGUGGUAAUAUUGAAAAGUUACCAUUAAACCUCGUAUUACUUAAGAAUAUUUCAGUCAUCGGGUUACAUUGGGGUGCAUAUACGAAAAACGAGCCAGAACGUAUUGAAGAAGUAUGGAAUGAUUUAUUAAAUUUGUUGGCUAGUAGAAAAUUGAAAUCUGUCGUUUAUGAAAAAAUUUUUUUUGGGUUGGAUAGUGUUAAAGAUGGUUUAAAAGCUAUUGCAAGUAGGAAGACUUAUGGUAAAGUUAUUAUCAUUCCUAGUGGUGCUAGGUCUAGUAAACUUUAA